AUGUCGAAAAAGAUUUCUUUUGACGAUUUUUUGAAGCAACAGCAGCAAGCCCAGCAACAACCGAGAGGUUACGGCUACAAAGGCUCCAAUAACUACCAGUACUCGGGCCAGAGCUUCCAGCCAGGUCAGAGCUUCCAGCCAGGCCAGUACCAGUCAGGAUACGGCAACUACGGGUACCAGGGAUAUUAUAACGGUGACCAGAGCUUCCAAAAUAGCCAGAACAUAAGCGAGGCUCCUUCUGGGGCUGAGUCCAGAAUUACAAGCGGUGCCGGCACUCCUAACCCAGACGCUUCAACCACGUCGCUCUCGUCUUUGGGCUCUGCAUUGAACAAGCUUAAACUCGAGGAAACUCCUAUUCUGGAGCACUUGACUACGAUACAAAAGUCCUCGAAGCUCAGUGAUGCCAAGAAGGAGGCUGAGGCCAUCGCUCACAAGAUUGCUGAGCAGCCAUCUAUGGAUGUGUUCAACGAAUGGAAGAUUGUUGACAUUGUGAAGAAUUUGGCUAAAGCAAGAAGCUCUCCACUUGUCAGAGAAUCUGCUCUCCUUAUUAUCCAACAGCUUGCCUUCAGCUUGAGCAACUCUCCUCCAAAAGAACUGUACUUGGUUCAAUUCCUUAAUGUCAUUUUAGAAGCCUUCACGGAUAAGGACAAAAACGUCAUCAAAACAGCUAAGCAGACCCUUGACGUCGUUUACGGAGUCUUGCCUGCUGAGAUUUUGGGCAGCUUGUUUAUUGAUGAAAUCAUCAACUACCUUAAUUCUUCUGCCAAGUGGAACACCAAGAUUGCCGCUUUGGAUGUCAUCGAUAAACUCGUUGCCGAGGCUCCAGCUGACUUGUUGGAAAUGAAGUUCGUUACCGCUGUACCUGCAUUGACAGACAUGGCUACUGACUUCAAGCCAGAAUUAGCUAAGCAUGGUUUGGCCACUUUGAAGGGUUUUGUCAAGGUCUUGGAUAACUUGGACUUGCAAAACAAGUACGACUUGAUUGUUGAGACUUUGGCCAACCCUCAAAAGGUUCCAGAAUGUAUCAAGAAUUUGUCUUCUGUCACCUUCGUCGCUGAAGUGACUGAACCAGCAUUGUCUCUUCUUGUUCCAAUCUUGGACAAGUCCUUGAAGAUGUCUUCCUCCACAAACGACCAGUUGAGACAAACCGUCACUGUGGCCGAGAACUUGACAAGAUUGGUCAACAACAAGAGAGAAAUCGAGCAUUACAUUCCUAUUUUAUUGCCUGGUGUUGAAAAGGUCGUCAACAAUGCCUCUUUGCCAGAGGUUAGAGAGUUGGGCGCCAAGGCUCUUCAUGUUUUGAAGGAAGCCGAGAGCGAGCAAACUGAUGGUAAAUUCCACGGCAGAAUCUCUUUGCCUGAUGCAAAGAACUUCCUCAAGGACAACUUGUCCGACGAUGUCAAGCCUGUCUCAGACGCCCUCUUCCGUGACCAGACCGAGGUCGAUUAUCUUUCUGUGAUCUUGCAAAUUGAUGCUAAUGUCAACGACUGGAAGCGUUUGACUGACUACCUUGAAAGCGCUAUCCAGACUUCUGAAGAAGUGUCUACCGAGCUUAAGAACAAAUACGUCGAGGAAGUGGUUAAAAACGUCAAGCACCUCUUUGUCGAGACUUCCCUGGCUGAUAAUGAUGACGACGAAGGUGCCGUUGAAAUUGUGAAUGCCGACUUCUCCUUGGCCUACGGUUCCCGUAUGUUGUUGAACAAGACAAACUUGAGAUUGUUGAAGGGUCACAGAUACGGUCUUUGUGGUAGAAACGGUGCCGGUAAGUCUACUUUGAUGAGAGCUAUUUCCAAGGGUCAAUUGGAAGGUUUCCCUACCCCAGACCAGUUGCGUACCUGUUUCGUCGAGCAUAAGUUGCAGGGCGAGGAAGGUGACUUGGACUUGGUGAGCUUCAUUGCUUCUGAUCCAGAAUUGGCCAACGUUGGCCGUGAAGAUAUCGCAAAGGCACUUCAAGCUGUCGGUUUCCCUGAUGAGAGAUUGACUCAACAGGUCGGCUCUUUGUCCGGUGGUUGGAAGAUGAAGUUGGAGUUGGCCAGAGCCAUGUUGAUGAAGGCUGAUGUUUUGCUUUUGGAUGAGCCUACUAACCACUUGGAUGUUGGUAACGUGAAAUGGCUCGAGAACUACUUGAUUGAACACACCGAGAUCACAUCCUUGAUCGUGUCGCACGACUCUGGUUUCUUGGACGCUGUUUGUACUGAUGUUAUUCACUACGAAAACAAGAAGUUGGCUUACUACAAGGGUAACUUGUCUGAGUUCGUCAAGAUCAAGCCUGAAGGUAAAUCUUACUACACCUUGAGUGAUUCCUUGGUCAAGAUGGCCUUCCCUCCACCAGGUAUCUUGUCCGGUGUGAAGUCUAACACCAGAGCUAUUGCUCGUAUGAGUAAUGUUACUUUCACAUACCCAGGUGCUGCCAAGCCAUCUUUGAACAACGUUUCUUGCAGUUUGUGUUUGUCAUCUCGUGUUGCUAUCGUGGGUCCUAACGGUGCCGGUAAGUCUACUUUAAUCAAGUUGUUGACUGGUGAGUUGGUUCCAAAGGAGGGUAACGUUGAAAAACAUCCAAACUUGAGAAUUGGUUACAUUGCCCAGCACGCUUUGCAGCAUGUGGAACAACACAAGGAGAAGACCGCCAACCAAUACUUGCAAUGGCGUUACAGAUUCGGUGAUGACCGUGAAGUGUUGUUGAAGGAAUCGAGAAAGAUCUCAGAUGAAGAAAAGGAAAUCAUGGAGAAGCUCAUUGAUGUUGGUGACGGCCAGGGCCCAAGACAGAUUGAGGCUCUUGUUGGAAGACAAAAGUUGAAGAAGUCGUUCCAGUAUGAAGUUAAGUGGAAGUACUUCCUUCCAAAGUACAACUCCUGGAUUCCUAGAGAUUCAUUGAUUGAACAAGGUUUUGAGAAGUUGGUUCAAAAAUUCGAUGACCACGAGGCUUCCAGAGAAGGUCUUGGUUACAGAGAAUUGACUCCAAAGGUUAUCAGAAAGCAUUUCGAAGAUGUCGGUUUGGACGGUGAUAUCGCUGACCACACUCCUAUGGGCUCCUUGUCCGGAGGUCAAUUGGUCAAGGUUGUCAUUGCAGGUGCCAUGUGGAACAACCCUCAUUUGCUUGUUCUUGAUGAGCCUACUAACUAUUUGGAUAGAGACUCUUUGGGUGGUCUUGCCGUGGCCAUUCGUGACUGGAGCGGUGGUGUUGUCAUGAUUUCGCAUAAUAACGAGUUCGUGGGUGCUUUGUGCCCUGAACAGUGGCAUGUUGAAAAUGGUGCUGUCGUUCAAAAGGGUAACGCUGCCGUUGAUGCGCUGAGAUUCGCUGACGGUGCCGAGUCCAAGGACGGUUCUCCAGCACCUGAGCCAGUCAAGAAGAGAGCUGACGAUGACGACUCUCCUGCCAAUAUCAAGGUUAGAACUAGAAAGAAGAAGAUGACUAGAAACGAGAAGAAGGCACAGGCUGAGAGAAGAAGAUUGCGUCACAUUGAAUGGUUGAGCAGUCCUAAGGGCACGCCAAAGCCUGUCGACACCGACGACGACGAGGAAGGGAAAUUGGUCCAGAUCGAAUAUGCCCUCAAUGCCGUGAAGCAGGGUGUCACCACCAUUGGUAUCAAAUCUGCAUCGGGUGUUGUGCUUGCCACCGAAAGAAAGUCGAAUUCCAAUCUUUUGAAGAACGACUGUAAUACCAAGGUUGAAAUGAUCACUCCAGACAUAGCCAUGACCUACUCGGGCAUGGGCCCCGAUUUCCGUGUUCUCGUGGAUAGAGCCCGUAAGUUGGCACACACAAACUACAAGCGUAUAUACAACGAGUACCCGCCGGUGAAGAUUAUGGUGCAAGAGCUCGCCAAGGUGAUGCAAGAAUCCACGCAAAGUGGAGGUAUCAGACCAUUUGGUGUGUCUCUUUUGGUUGGUGGCUACGACCACCACCUGAGCAGCUUCCAGUUAUACCAGGUUGAUCCUUCUGGCAGUUAUUUCCCAUGGAAGGCUACGGCCAUUGGUAAGACGGCAGUGUCAGCCAAGACAUUCUUAGAGAAGCGUUGGAACGAGGACUUGGAGUUGGAGGAUGUUAUUCACGUUGCUCUCCUAGCAUUGAAGGAGUCGGUGGAUGGCGAAUUGAUUGGCGACAACUUGGAUAUCUCUGUGGUGAGCGACCCACAAGACCACUUGUUGGGUUUCAAGGGUACAGAGAUCCAGGGUCCUAGAGUGAAGAAGUUGCUGGCCGAGGAGAUCAACGACAGACUCGAGGCGUUGUAG